GUUUAAAUGACAGGAAAUACAAACUCACAAACUGCUGCCAACUGACUAGCUGGACUCUUAUCCAUUGGACAUCAUCAAAUACCUGGAACCGUACAGGAACAAGAAACUAGAGCAAAGAAACCAAUUGUUUUAUGCUAGCUCAUGAAAAAGAUUUUGAACAUUUAAAGUAACAGCAGAGGGUGGUUUGAGUUCGGUUUGAUGACGGAGUUUUGGAUAAUAUCUGUUCCUGGGGAACGAGACCCGAACCAGGUGUAUCAGCGUUUCCAGACUACAUUGUCUAAAUAUAAAGAUAUCUACUCUCAGGUUAAUAAGUUCAAUAUCCCUCCGGAUUUCAAAGUGGGUACGCUAGAUAUUCUGGUGGGUCUUUCUGAUGAACUUUCAAAGUUAGAUGUGUAUGCCGAAAGCAUCACUAAAAAGGUCGCUCAAUAUAUGGGUGAUGUUCUUGAAGAACAGAAAAGCAAGUUGGAGGACAACUUAACGGUAAAUGGACUAUCUCCUGCCGCAUUUCUUUCUAGAUUUCAGUGGGAUUAUGCUAAAUAUCCAGUCAAACAGACCUUGAGUUCUCUCUAUGCAAUUAUCUCAGAGCAACUGUCUAAAAUUGACUCUGAUUUGAAAGUAAAAUCUCAGGCAUAUAAUACCUUGAAAGGUUGCCUCCAAAAUCUAGAACGAAAGCAGACGGGUAGUCUUUUAACACGCGAGCUUGGAGAUAUUGUGAAGCGAGAACACUUUAUUGUUGAUUCGGAAUACUUAGCUACACUGGUUGUUGUUGUUCCAAAGAAUAUGUAUAAUGAUUGGAAGUCCAAUUAUGAAAGAAUGACGGACAUGGUUGUCCCUAAGUCGUCUGAACUUAUUUUUGAAGAUCAAGAUAAUGGACUGUGGACUGUGACACUUUUCAAGAAGAUGAUGGAUGAUUUUAAAACUCAGGCUCGUGAAUUUAGAUUUGUUGUACGUGAUUUUAUUUAUGAUGAAAAGAAAAUUGAGGAAAGUAGAAAUGAACUUUCGAAACUUGAGUCAGAUAAGAAACGACAGUUUGCACCACUAUUUCGUUGGUUGAAAGUUAAUUUUGGUGAAGCUUUUUCUGCUAUGGUUCAUAUUAAAGCUCUUCGGGUAUUUGUUGAGUCAGUUUUAAGAUAUGGAUUACCGGUUGAUUUUCAAGCAAUACUCAUUGAACCAAACAAAAAGCAGCAGAAGAAAUUGAGAGAUAUCUUAAAGCAACUUUACAACCAUCUGGAUGGAUCGUCUUCAAGCUCCGUCUUGGACGAAGAUAUGAAUGUUGGGAGUUUCGGGGCUUCAACGGACUAUUUUCCUUAUGUUUCAUUCAAGGUUGAACUAAAUAUGAUAGAUGUACAUUAGUGGUUGUCAAUAAACUAGUCCUACAACUAGCUCAUUCCAUUGUACUGAUGUGAUAAUGCAAUCAAUUAACUGAAAAAAAAGCAUAAUAUAUACUUUUAAAAUGAUUCUUUCUUAGCAUUUCUAUCUAUUUGAUUUAUUCUUUUUUUUCUCUCUAUUCUAAUUAAAUCAAUGUUCUGUUCUGACAAACACACAAUCAUCCGAAAUAUAUAUAUAUUUAUAUUUUCUUAUUAAUCUGUCUUGAAAUACUGAAAAAUAUAAAAGUUAUUUAACUUCGAAAUUAUCUGAAUUAUUGUUCUUCCUAUUCACAAGUGGGAACAAGUGUAUAUAUUUUGUCAAGGAAUACGAAAACAGCAAGAAGAAAUAAUUGCACUGCAUAUGGUUUUAUCAUAUAUACUGGUAUAUAGUACAAAAUUA